ACAUAAGAGCAACGUGUCCCUGUCAUGGCAGCCACAUGAGGCAGCUCUUCCUUGAGAAGUUGCAGAUCGCAGCCGGAAAAAAAGUGCCUUACCAGGGAUGGAGAAAUGCUCUGACAAAUGUAUUUAAAGGGUCCUGGAACUGGUGUCGCUUUCUGUUUAUUCUACCUGACUUCUUAUUUCACCAACAAGUACGUUCUGUCAGUCCUGAAAUUCACCUACCCUACACUUUUCCAAGGGUGGCAGACUCUAGUUGGUGGAUUUCUUCUACAUAUUUCCUGGAAGAUUGGUUGGGUGGAGAUCAGCAGUAGUUCAAGGUCUGAUGUAUUGUCAUGGCUUCCAGCUUCAGCACUGUUUGUGGGCAUUAUUUAUUCAGGUUCCAGGGCUUUAUCCAGAUUGCCAAUUCCUAUCUUUCUUACAUUACACAAUGCUGCAGAAGUUAUAACCUGUGGAAUUGAGAAGUUUGUGCAGAAAGAGCAGACCCCUUUCCUAAAAAUCUGUAGAGUGCUGAUCCUUCUGGUAGCAGCAGGGUUCCUUCCUCUAUAUGACCCACAGUUUGAUACAGAUGGCUAUUUUUGGGCACUCAUACAUUUGCUUUGUAUUGGGGCUUACAAAGUAUAUCACAAGUCAUGGAGACCUAGUUCUCUAAGUGACUCUGAGCAACAGUAUAUAAACUAUGCAUUCAGCAUGGUGGUGUUGGCUUUUGCAUCCCACCCAACAGGUGAUCUUUUCAGUGCCUUAGAGUUUCCACUCCUGUACUUCUACAGCUUUCACAGUAGUUGCUUUGCCAGUGGUCUUCUGGGAUUCCUUCUGACUUUGCACACAAUGAAGCUUAAAAGCAGCACAUCCUCAGGACAUUAUGCGGCGUGGAGUCUUCUUGCGAAGGUUAUCACAGCUGGUCUAUCUCCUUUCUUCUUUGAGAUUGUGGUGAAUGUACCAACAGCUUGUUGGUAUGUAUUUUGCAAAAAGAUUAUGUCUUUUGCUUGGUGGAUUAGCGGAAGUUCUGCUUCUUUACACUGAAAGGACUGGCACAUGAACAGAAAGAAAAUGAGGAAGACGUAUUAUCAAACCCUCCCAUCAGGAGUCAAUUGCCAAUGACUGAGAAUUCUGAGACCAUAAGUGUUUUUUUAAAAAAAGCCCUCCCCCCACCUAAAAAAAAGCUGUAACAAUGAAGAUAUAUAGUCAAACAGCAGGUCCCUUACACAUCCUCCUUUCUUCUGAGCCAUAUAAUAGGCUGUUAAAAGUGGGAACACCGGGCUCAGUUGUCCUUUAUGCCAACUCUGGCAGGCUCUCAUGUAAACUGGACCUCUGCAAUCUUUGCAUUACCUAUGCAUCCCCUGCUUACAGGUAUUGUGCUUAUCCUACCAGCCCAGUCUUCCUUUGAGUAUCCCACUGUUUAGAAUUCAGCAGAAGUUCCUCUAUCACAAGGUGGAUGAUGAGUAGCCAUAUUCUCAAGCACUGAGCAGAAUAAUCACGUUCUUUUGAUUGUGACACACCGCAGGAAGGGCAGGAAUAAGUGGUAGUUCUGUUUAGCCUGGUUCAUACAGAUCCCAAGUGGCAUGACUGCUGCUUUCCUGGACUCUAUCCUGCGAAACAGAGUCCAAUACAAAGGGGAAACAAUACAAAGUAAAGCUUAAAUACAAAGAAGUUUAUCACGUGGGAGAUGCAGAACAUGUGGGAGAUCAGCCGAUCACUACCAUCAUAAUCCGCUGAGAUCCAGCACUGUGGACGUGGUGACAUCUCAUGCCCCUCCCCCAUACUUUUGCUGCUUCUUACAUCAAUGCAGUAGCAUGGGUUGGAGCCAAGGGAAAGUUUUGCUUGCUAACGUCUGAACCAGGCUUUCAAAUAAACAGAAUGAUGAAGCUGCUAUGAGGAUUUGGGGGAGGGAUUGAUGUGGGCCAAUCUUUAAAUUGAUGUUAAAUGCAUGAGUGGCCCUGACAUGCUUCAAAUUUCUUCACAAAAUAGCCGUAAGAUAAUGCCUUCCUCUGAAUGAACUGUGACUGUGUGUGUGUGUGCUCUUGUGCAUCGGUGCCGCUGGGAAGGGGUGGUUUGUUUUUGUUUUUGUUUUUUUGAGGGUGGGGGCAAAUAGCAGCAGCAGGGCCCCGGGUCCAUGAUGUGAAUUGGAACUGUGGUGGUGAAUAGCAUUAAACCCCACUUUAAUCCAUGGUGGAAUGAAUCCAGCUGCUAUUUACCAAAUAAAAUUGAAACAUGUGUGACACAUGGAACAUCAUGUGUAGUUUGGCCCUGUGUGAAUGCUCCAGUAAUGUGUAGGUACAGGCAAGCUAGUGAAGUGGUGAAAACACCAUGACAUGACUUUCGGAGACCAUUUAUGUGAAUGCCUAACACAUCAAAAUCAAGUGGUAAGUUCACAAGUUCUGGCCUUCUGGGAUUCAUCACUUGUCUGUGUCCUAUUGGAUCACUUACACAAAUGGUCAACCUGCUCAUCCUGGCAGGACAGGAAUAUUUCAGUUAUCAUCAGUUCUUUGUUUGAAUGCAGCCUGAUAAUCUGACUGGCUAUGCAUGCGGACAGGAGUAGGUUCCCUGUGUUCUUGUUGGGGCAAAGAGAAGCAUUGUCAUUAAGAUUGUUAACUUUCGUGCCUUCGUGUACAUGAUUAUAAGGCAUUCUGCUGAGUUUCAUAGGAAGCUGCCUUGUACUGCCAGACCAUUGGUCUCUCUAGCCCAAUACUGUCUACUUUGAAUGGCAGUGGCUCUCUGGGGUCUCAGGCAGAGGUCAGGGUCUUGAUUUGCUUCCUCUUCACAUUGAGGACUGGUACUUAUGAGCCUCUGUAUGGCCCCAUCUAGGGAUAGGAUUGUAGCUCAGUGGUAGAGCAUCUGCUUGUAUGCAGAAGGUCCUAGGUUCAAUUCCGGGCUUCUCCAGAUACAGCUGGGAAAGACUCCUGCCUAAACCCUGGAUAAACCACUAUCAGUGUAGAUAAUACUGAGUGAAAUGGACUAAUGGUCUGACUUGGUAUAAGGCAGCUUCCUAAUUUCCUGUGAAAGCACAAGAACAAUUAUUAAUAAUCCGGACAUGCACUGCAAAGGAGUAACAACUCCACUGGUUGUGUAAAAGGCUCUCUUCUGAGGGCAUGCAAGUUGUAAGUCCUCUGAGGAUGUAAAUAUCCUCCACUGCUCCAUAGGACUAGAGCAGCUAUAUUGCUUGUGGAAACUUUUUUAAAAAAUAUGCUUUUUUUAAGAGACCAAGGUCUAAAUGACAUCACCCACUGUGAAAACAUAGGUGCUAUCAUCAGUAAAUCGGACCAUAACAAUCAUAGCUUUGGUUUGCUCUCCACUUAGAGAGAAAUAGCACAUUCAGUUCUUUGGUCUGCAUAAACUGCUUGGAGGUCAGAAUCUGACCUGAGUAAUUUCAGGCAUGGGGCAUUUUUCCUGCCAUGAAUGUCUAAAAACCAGAAAAUGUCUAAUGCUUUGCAAAAGAUGUAUAGAAAGUCCAACUAAGAUUGUGGAGACAGAAGUCCGAACAAAGCUGUGCUGAAUGUAAAGUCAACAAGUAAAUCUUAUUUACAUUUA